UUAUAUUUUCAAAUGUUUAACAAAAAAUCACGGGGGGAAAGAAACGGUUCUGAGCUAUAGUUUAUUCUUUAGCACACCCUGUGGACAGGAUUACAAAUGAAUAAUGUCAUGAAGCAGACCAGCACACAUUUAUUACUUGGGAGGAUGGCUGUCAAAAUUGUUAGUCGUGUGAGGUUUAAUUAUGGAGUUGGCGCCAAUGUUGAUGACGUAAGAAGUGUAGACCACCUUCUUCAGUGUGUUUCACAGUCACUUGUGCUGUAGAUGAAGAUGUGGAACAACUCCUCCUCCUUCUUUUCCACCUCCUUCUCCUCUCACCUUAAUUUCAACACUCUACCAGCGUGUCGUCCUUUACCUUCCCGUGUCUGAUCACACAGUGUAAUGCAGAGAGGAGUCACCCAGCACCUCCUUCUCCUUAUAGCUUAACACGACACUUCAUCUUCUCUUUCUAGGCCUUGUAACUCCCUGAGAUGCACACAAGGCUCCCUCAGCACCUCCUUAUCGUCUUCUUCUCCUCUCUCCUGCAGCAGGUCAACUCCUCGGUUAUCUCCUGUCUCAGGUCGAGUACAACUGACCGCGGACACCAGCGCGUCACCUUCCUUCGAGAGGACGCGGCCGGUGCGCGUUCACUCUUUCGGACUGUGUGGUUGAGUGACGCUGCUACGAUGCGCAUGCUGAGCUGCAGGAUUAGUAAAAAUCCUGGGGAUGUGGAGCACUACCAGACCGCAGUGUGUGACAGCAGCCUGGAAGACCUCAGCCUGACCAGGUUUGUCAACGUCAGCGUGAUGAAUGAGGUGGACACAAACUGUGCACCACAGAAGAAGAUGAGGAGCAGGGCACGAGAGGAGGCGGUGGUGAAGAUCAGGAGGAAACGUGGAUGGAUUUUCCCAGGAACACUGUGGUGCGGGAUGAACACUAAAGCAGCCACCUAUGACGAACUAGGAAUGUUCGAAAAUGCAGACAGCUGCUGCCGUGAACAUGAUCACUGUGAACACACCAUCCCUUCAUUCACUGUGAAUUAUGGUGUUUUUAACCCCAACCUCUACACACUGUCCCACUGUGACUGUGACCAAAGCUUCCGAAAGUGUCUCCUCGGAGUUAAUGAUACCAUUUCUACCAUGGUGGGCUACAGCUUCUUCAACAUCCUUCGAGUUCCUUGCUUUGAGCUCAAGGAGCAGCAACAAUGCACUAAGAUGUACUGGUGGGGGAUGUGCAAAGUCACCAGAAAAGCUCCAUAUGCUGUCUUAAAAACAUCCCACCUGUACAACUCCUCUCAUGUUUCAACCAAUGAAGCUAAUAGUAAUAACAGCAACAACAGCAAGGAAACCAAACAUGAAGAAAAACAAACAACUAAGAUUACUGGAAUUAAUAUGCAGCAAAAAUCUCCUAAAAUCCAAAGCAGAUGUAGAUCCAGAGAUCCGCCCAGAGGAGACACUUUCUAUCAACGUAAGAAAGGGAAGCGUUGUAAAAUAAACAAGAUGAUGUCAGCAACGGUAAAUAUCACAGCAUCCUCGGCAACGACAGGUCGUUCAAGUACUUCUUUGAGAAGUGACCUGGUGACAGGUAGUAAAAAUGUUGGAGUGAAGAAGAGCAGUGGAAGGUUGUCCGAGGACUCUUAUCCACAAGCUUCCCCAACAACGCAGAAUGUUCCGUCCUCAACUGGAAGACAAACAACGUAUCAACAACGACCACUUGUCAAUGCUUUUGUGCCACAAACAAUAAAAAAACACAUUGCUGAGCUAAAGAAGAGCCACUGCUGCGAAUCGUUGAGAGGCAACACUUUUUGGCCAUUUUGCAAAAACUGUUCUAAUGCAGAAACCACAGUCGUUACUGCUGCUACGACAAUGACUGAGGCACCUCAAACAUCAACAACACCAGGUCCUGUCACAACGUCUGGGGAAACAAAUACAUUUACUGCACCGGCCACGACCAAACCAAAGGUCACAGACAAUCGUCAUGGUGACAGAAAGCUACAAAACAGAACAGAUUCCUUUCUGUUCAAAACACACCUGAACCAGAGGUCAAGGAGCAGAACCUCAGAAAACAAUACAAUUGCACAAGACAUCUUCAAAGAAAAUCACACAGUGUCAGAUCAUGAGCUGCUGUGCAAGAGUCUGAAACAUCUGGAUGAAUGUAGACACCAAAUUACCCCUUUAGAGAAAAAGUAUGGUUUGUGGAACAAGGAGUCCAAGACAGUCUACCACUGCAACUGUACCACACGCCUUUCUGUUCACAUCAGAAACUUCAGGCGACUCCGUGUUCUUCCCUCUCUGCUGACGGAUUUUGUCUCAGAGCAGUGCUUUAAACUGCCUAAAGAAAAUAAAUGUCAAGACAGAAAAAGCUGUUCAAGAUUUAUCAAAGCUUACGACCUAAUUCGAAGGCUUAAGAAGAUGAAGACAAAAGGCACUGCUUGGAGUAAACUUCCAGGCAGCGACCAAAAAAGAGGGAUUCCCGUUCGCCUCUAUAAACGCUGUUUAAGACUGGAGAGAGGAAUUGAUAAUGUGGAACAGCUUACAUGGUAACAAACAUAGCUGCUUAACACAGUACACGUAACAUUUAUAAGCUUUCAAUUCAAUGCAUUUCUUUCGGUUUACUCUCUGUUGAUGUAAAACAGCAGUGCAAAGUGAAGCAAUCAAGAAACACACUUAUAAAUAUGGUGUUUUGAUAUUUCUAUAAGACAGAUCUGACCUCAACUGUUAUAUAUUAAUAAGUAACUUUAGAAAAUAUAUUCUCAUCAAUAAAUCUCUGCUUCGGAUAUAUGUCUGAUAUGUGUGUGUGUGGGGUGGGGGUAUAAAAUAACAGAACAGUUAUAAUUCCGGGCCGCGGUGCAUUUUGGGAAGCGGCUGGUCGGCCCUGGAAACCUGGCGUUGCACUGACAGCUGGGACACUGUCAUUAUUUUCCCCAGCAGAAGCAGCAGCAGCAGCAGAAGAAGCCUGGGACGACAUUGUUGCUGACUCCGUGUUUCCGUCACCGGCUGUGAGGAGCUGCGAACUCGGUUUUUCUUCUGACAAUCGUUAAAAGCCCUGUCUAGUCCA